CUGAGUCCUUGCACAGACUCACCCUUGCGCUGGUUUUAUGAGCUCAAGGUGCUGUUGGAGGUGUUGCAGAAAGAGCGGUGUGCAGGAGCGGGGACGAGCAGCUGCAGCUCAGAUUCUUCUUCCGCUUGAGACGCUGGAUUGAAGAAGGGGUCUGAGGUCCCUGGUGGAGAAAGGGAGGCGAGGAGGAGGAGGUUUCCCUUGGACUCUAAGCCGUCAAACCAGAAAACCAAACCAUGUCACAGGUCAUACAAAACCACGUGUUGCGUGUUGGACAGACCGUGUGUGUUUCCUCACAGGAGGAAAGCAAGAGCUUGCACCCGGCAGGGUACCCGGGCUGCUCCGCGCUGCCGAUGAAGUACGCCUACUACUCAACGGAGGGCUGGGCUGACCCGUCCACGAUGGUGCACGCCAACGCACGCCUUCUUCCCGGCGGAGGGCUGUACGGAGCCCACCCCGUGUUUGAGCAUGUGGCUGCUCACGCGCAGGGGAAGGGGCAGCAGGAUACCUCUUUGGAGAGACCCACCACCCCGUAUCAGCCAAAGGAGGAGGAGGACGCCGGCAAGGAUCCUGAGGCUCACCUGGUGUCUCCUACCUUGGACAUAUCAAUAGAGAGUCUCAACCAGCUGAUCCUAGAAAUCGAUCCGACCUUUCAGCCACUGACAUGCAAGCCGGUGAAGGAUGCGAUCCAACCUGCUUCUCAGGGUGACACUGCUGCCACCAAGAAACAACAUCCAGAGGCAAUAGACAUUAAAUACAUAGAGAUGACGCCAGGCAGAGCCACGUGUCCCGAGCUGCUGCAGGGUUCCCCCAGCCCCUCGGGUACACCCUUCUCGAGGUCCCCCCAGGGCAACGGCUUCCUGCCCCAAAAAGGGGGACUCAGGGGCAACUACAGCACCAGUGGCAGCGUGGUUUUCUCGAGCCCACCCGGACCCACGAGCCCCCGCUCGGGCACCUCGAGCUGCGCUGCCUCCCCGACCUGCAGCAAAGCAUCCGAGUGCAUCGCUGUCCCCCGGCAGUGCACGGCCGGCCAGACGGACAGCAUCUCCUACGGUCCCGGGGCUCUCAGCACCUCCCCGGGCUUCGACAAUUUGCUGAAGCCCAUGCACAUGGUGAGGGCCCAGCAGAGGAGCAGCUGGGUCUCCCUGCUCUCCACGAGCCCCGGCUCGGACACCAGUUACAUCCUUGGAAGCAGCACCCACUCACUCCACAACGACGACUCGGACGCUCACCCCUCCGCCUGCCGCUCCGCCGACUGCCCGUCCCCUGCCAGCUCCCUGGGCAGCCCCUGCCCACCUUCCCCGAGCAUCGGGUCUCACUCGGGAGAAGCUUUUGGCCUGAGUCCCCACCAGCCCAGAGCAGCCUGCUCCACCAAAGCCAACACCUCCCUGUCCCAGAAGGGACAGGCCAGCAGCUGCCCCCCCUCCAUCCUCAACUCCGCAGCCGACAUCCCAGUGCUGCUGGUGAACGGGUGCCUGGAACAAGGAGAUGCAUCUCCCAGGCUGGCCAAAGCCCCCCAAGCCUCUGUCAAGCAGACCCCCCCUCCCAGCUGCAGCCCAGCCUCAAGGCUCGGUAGCCUGAACAACGCGCUGUCGGCACCAGCGCUCUCCUGCGUCUCGGACAGUCCCCUCAGGGCUGGGCAGCCGACCAUGAAGUUUGUGAUGGACACAUCGAAAUACUGGUUCAAGCCGAGCAUAACCAGGGACCAAGCAAUCCAGCUGCUGAAGGACAAGGAGCCAGGCACGUUCGUUGUGCGGGACAGCACGUCAUACCGGGGGUCUUUUGGACUGGCAAUGAAGGUUCCCGUCUCUCCAUCCGCCAGCCAGACAGGCGAUGAGAGCAGUGACCUCGUCCGGCACUUCCUCAUCGAGUCGUCUGCCAAAGGGGUGCACCUGAAAGGAGCCAGAGAGGAGCUGUAUUUCGGGAGCCUCUCUGCCUUCGUGUAUCAGCACGCCAUCACCCCGCUGGCACUGCCCUGCAAGCUGAGCAUCCCCACCCGAGAUCUUGCUGAUGGAGAAGAUAGCCCUGACUGCGCUCCAGAAUCCACGCUAUCCCUCCUGAAGAAAACUGCUGUGUGCAACGUCUUGUACCUCAACUCGGUGAGCAUGGAGACGCUCGCAGGAGCACCGGCCAUCCAGAAAGCCAUCUCCUCCACCUUCGAGCUGGAGACACUGCCCACACCCACCCUCGUCCACUUCAGAGUGACGGAGCAGGGAGUCACGCUGACGGACAUCCAGAGGAAGGUGUUUUUCAGGCGACACUACCCCUUGGCUGCCAUCAGGUUUUGCGGGAUGGAUCCUGAGAACAGAAAGUGGCAGAAGUACUGCAAGUCCUCAAGAAUCUUUGGGUUCGUGGCCAAAAGCCAGACAGAUUCGGAGAACCUCUGUCACCUGUUUGCAGAGUACGACACUGUGCAGCCAGCGUCGCUUGUCAUCGACCUUCUCUGCAAGCUCCUGCCAGGCCCGUAGAGGACAGAAACCCUGGGACGGCUCAGGGUUGGCAGCUGCCCACACGCCGCUGAGCUUUUACUGCUCACCUUUUCCUGCUUCUGGGUUGCAUUUUGGCAACAGCUCGUAUUUAUAUUUUUUUGUUACGUCCCAUCAUGUCAAGAGUCUCAGUUAAAGAUUUUGUGCUCUGGUGGGAUGAGAUGUUCCUCUGAGACCCUCCGCGGGGCAUCGCGGGGCAGCGCUCGCCGCGGUGGCCGGCACAGGACGGCUGCCCACAGGGAGCUGUGCCGGGCUGGGAGCGGAGCUGCGGGACGGGAGCUGUGCUCACCGUACGGAACCGCCACCUCCCUCACCUGGCACGCACCGUUCGCUUUGCUCUAGAGGACUGAGAUACUCUGGCUGAGAUUUGUACCGGCAGCAGGGGUGCCUGCGCUUGGGGUGUCCAAGCCGAGGCAUGUUUGGUGGAGCUGAGCUCCCACCUUUGGGGACUCAGCCCUACGCCCCCCCCAAUGCCACGGGAGGGGAGGUCUGGUGCAGGCGGGGGGGGGGACUCACCUCCCUGAGGAUAGACCAGCACCAGGAGGCAGUUUAGCAAAUCAGAGCGUAUAAAAUCACUAGGCCCUGCUGAAAAAUCCUGCUUUCCUCAAAGAGCAAGAAGCAUCGAAAGGCAGAAAUGUCAAAGCAGCGUACUUUUGCCUGGUGCUGGUAAAUUCUCCUGCCCUUUUUUGCAAAGUGGGGUUACAGGCUAGCUCAACCUCCAGGCAUCACAGCGAGCUGAGAAAUAAAUGUUGACAUUUUCAUGACAGUAAAACAUUGGGUUUUUGGAAAUGACUUGCAUGAAUUUGGGCCAGAUCCUCAGAUGACGUAAAUUGGCGCAGCCUUGUGGAAGUCAGUGCUGCCAUGAUUUACACCAGCUGAAGAUUCAGCUCUUGCUGUAAUCUCAGGGUGGAAUAGAGCGGCUCCGAGUCCACCAUACAGUCGUCUCCCUUAGCACUUGCUUAUCUGGUGCCUGUACGUUGUUUUAAUUUUGGACCCCGUGCUAACAAACCCUGCUUAGGGGUAUUUUCAAUAAAGCAGUGCAUCGUUUCUCUCGCCACAAA